AUGGACGGCCUCCUGCUCAAUACCGAAGAUAUCUACACGUUAUGCGCCGACAAUGUCCUUCUCAAACACGGGCGACCGCGCCUUCCGUGGUCCGUCAAAGCGCAGUUGAUGGGCGUUCCUGGCAGCUCUAACGGCGAUAUCUUCCAUCAAUGGGCCCAGUUGCCUAUCUCCCGACAGCAGUAUGCGCGCGAACAAAGCGAGCAACAGCAAAUCCACUUUGCUGACUGUGAACCGUUGCCUGGUGCCGAAAAGCUCCUUCGAGAUCUGAACAAGGCGCGAACGACCGCCGGCCUACCUGUGGAGGUAGCGUUGGCGAGCAGCAGCGAGAAACUCAACUAUGAUCGCAAAAUAGUGCGAUCCGAGUCGAAAGCCCUCCUGGGUUUAAUCCCUCACGACCAUCGUGUUCUGGGCGACGAUCCACGCGUGCGCAGGGGACGAGGCAAACCCUCACCAGACAUCUACUUGUGCGCAUUGCAGAUCCUCAACUCCAAGCUCUCGAAAGGCUCGCCUCCUAUUGCACCUGAGGAAUGCUUGGUGUUCGAGGACAGUGUGCCCGGUGUCGAGGCAGGACGGAGGGCCGGGAUGAGAGUUGUCUGGGUCCCCCAUCCUGGCCUAUAUGCUGAAUUCAGAGACAGGGAGCGAGAGGUGCUUGCUGGAAGAACCGGCCUCGUCAAGGUUGGCAAUGAAGAGCAACUGGGCGAGGUUGACGACGGAUGGGCUGAGUACUUGCCCAGUUUGGAAAACUUUCCGUACGCAAAGUUUGGCAUCGAGGUCCCGUCCACCUGA